CGUGGGCAUCAGUGGAGGAGCACGACUCUAUGUCCCGCUCACCUCCAACUUUCCGUCCAAUGGCUCUCCUCUAUAUAUUUCGCUCUCUUCAGGCAACCGAAUCAGCAACCAGACUCUGAUUUCCAAGUGCAGGUUGAGAGAUUUUCGCUCGGCAACAAUGGCGGUCCCGAGAAUCCUGUUCCUCGCGGCCGUCAUCUCGCCACUCUCGUUCAGCUUAUCAGUGGUGCAGUCUCCGCCUACACCGCCUGCUCAGUCGCCGUCUCCGGCAAACUCAUCGAUGCCAGAAGCAUCAGCGUCCGCACCGGUUAUCCCCCCACGGGUCACAUCGUUGACUUCGUUGCUGUCGCUGCUGCUGGCGGCGAGUGCCCCCUCCCCUUCGAUGUUCACCUCGCCACCGUCCCCACCUGCAUCGACAACUACCGCAUCGACGACUAUCUCUCUGCCUCCGUUGGCCGCCUCGUCUCCACCAGUUGAAGGUACAGUGAUGCCGGAGGCACCCAGUAGUGGCGCUGUGACGAAUAAGUUUGCUCUCUCAGGGGUUUUGGCCGCUGGGUUCGCUGCCGCAUUGGCCGUGUAACGAGUCGUGAAGAGCUUUAUUUUAAGCCCAUGUCUUGGGCCGACAGAUUAAUCUGGUUUUCUCAAUCACACUUAGGGUUGACAUGCGUGUCAUGUUUAUGAUCUAUAUGGUUCCCGGUUACAAUAAGUUUAAUGUAAUGUUUGAGAGUAUA